GUACAUGAAGACCGUCACAGAGUCGAGCAUCAUCGGCCAGGUGAAAAGUAACCUCGAGGUCAAGGUGUCCUUGAUUCCAGACUCCAACCUCCUGGCGGUCAAGCAGACCUUGGACCGUCUGAAACACAAUCUCCAAUCCCUGUUGAACGAAGAACUGAUGGUCAACGACGGAUCCUAUGACACCGUGGAGGGGAGCGCUGACGGUGCUCACAUAACAGAUGACGUGCCAGGUGACGACGAGGACAUGUCAAGAGGCCCAUCAGGUGAUGGCAGUGGCAGUGGUGAUGGCAUGAUCACCCCCGACACACAAGAUGAAGUUAAGACACCAACACCAACAACCACCACAAGACACCCCCACAUCGUAAAAACAACAGAGAAGCAAAGGGGCUCUGCAGUUUCAGCAUCAGUGUCUGUCCUGAUGCUACUAGCCUGCGGUAUGCUAGCCGCAAUAUUGAGCUUAUAACGUCAUGCUCUGGAGGUGUGCCUGGGAGAAUGGGGGACGAAAUGCAAGAUGACAAGACAUUUUGUGCCUGUGUGAAAAGUUUAAAAAGGUUUGGUGAUUGUGAUGGUGCGGUGAUUGUGAUGGUGUGGUGAUUGUGGGGUUGCGGAGUGUGAAAUUGUUUUAUCUAUUUAAUCUAGAACUCUGAUGUACACUUACGUCUUGCCGUCAAUUGUUGCUUCCAUAUUGAAGGUGUGGACUAGAAUUUAAUUACAACAAUUAGGGAUCUUUCUUCCAUGGUUGCUAAGGACAGUGACUCUAAACAAGUUCAAUGAAAUAGUCUGCUACAGUUGUCCCUUUACAAGUAGACUAAUUGUAAACUAUAGUUUGCUUACUUUGUUGUGGUACUUGAUAUAUAUUAACCCAUCGAUUCUGAUUUAUAAACUGUGUUUCAUUACUUCAAUAUAUUUAUAUUUGAUAAACUUAUUGAUCAAGUGGAUUAAGGUUUCCUGUGUAUAUUUUUUCUGAUGUUUUUCAUUCAAAUUUAAUUAAGCAGCUGUGUUCACUGUCCUUCUGCCCCUUUCCUAUUUCCUGUAAAUGUUUUUCAAUUACCGGAUAUUUUCAAUGACAAACCUUGUUCUGUUGUCCAAUGCUGUUGCAAUAUUUGAAAUAUUUACUGUUUUCACACAAUAGGGGAAAAUUUUUUUUAAACUUCAAAUAAUCGCUAAUCUAUAAAAAAAAAAAUUCUAAAGUUGGUCAUAAAUUUUUUUGUAAUUCAAAAAUUUAUCUCUAAAGUUCACCAUUUUAGUGUGUUACAUCUUUUCUAUGUUGGGUGGAAAUGUGUAGAAGUUUUUUGCUUUGAAAGGUACACUACAUAUCUAAACCUGUUGUGUCAAAACAUGGAUGCUAAUUUUAAACAUUUAUUGAAGGAACCCAUUGUUUAAGUUUUGCUUUCUUUUGCUUAGGGCUUAAAAAUUCUGUUUUUUUUAAGCAGAAUAAUUUAUGGAACAAAUGAGAACACAUUUAGUGAAUGAUUUGAAUGGACCUUACGACUGUAUGAGUUGAAUAUUUAAGUGAAUGAACUGAAGCAUCUGGCAUGUUAUUUAACAUUUUUUUAGCAUUGCAUAUUAUAGUAUUUUUCUAUGUGAUAUCACAAGGACCUUGUACAUAGAAAAGAGAAAAAAAAAUUGUGUGUAUGUUUUAGUUUUGACAUUGUAAAUUUUUCAUACUUUUAAUCAUCAAUUGUAUUUUUUAAUUUUUACAUUAAGGAUGUAAACUGAAUAUGUUGCACUGGAUAAUAUUUAAAAAAAUAAGUAUGUGGGUUUGAAAUCAGAGACAGUGAUGUUUAAUUUUAUUUACAAAUUACACAAAAAGAAAAAGUUAAAAUUUUAAAAUGUAUUUAUCGAUUUAAAAAAAAAUCAUUUCAACAUUUGUAUUUUAGACAAUAAUUAAUUAUUUAUUUCUUAUAUGACGAGAUUUCUAAACAUACUUUGUUUUUUAAAUCAUACAGUGUUUCAUAGAUUAUAACAUAGAAAAGUAACUUGCAUUUAUUGUAAAUAAUUAGGCUUGUUUACUUGUUAAAUGUAAGAGUUAUUUUAAAAGUUCACUUGUGAAUUUUAAACUAUAUCAUUCUGGCCUUUGUAAACAAAUUUUUUAGAGAUUCAAUGGAAAUUACCUUUUAAAUUGUAAAUUUUGUUCCAAAUUUUUUAGACAGUAAUCUUAUUAGAAAUAUAUAUACUUUGUAUAUUGUUAUUUUAUCACAUAAACAUAUAUGGAUGUGAAAGUGUUCUUCAAUAAUAACUUGUAUUUGUAUACACUUGUUUUAAAAUAAUUUUUAGAGAAAUUCACCAAAAAAAAUUAUUUAUGUGUUAAAGUUUAUAAGUUUGUAUAUUCUUUUCAUGUAAAUUGUUCUGUAUUUUCACUGAUCAUUCAUUCAUUCCUGUUAAAUACAAAAAUCAGAACUGAUUCUGAUAGACUAAAAUGGAUAUUGAUAGGUAAGUCCGGAAUUUUAUUUCAGAUUUUAUAGGGGUUAGUUUUUGUAAAUAAUUUAACUCAAUAAAAUAUUCAUAUUAAUCCAUGAAAACGGUAUAAAAUUGUAAAUGAAAGAAUUGUUAUUAUAGUACAAGUAUUUCGAGGUAAUAUGUGAAAAAAAAAGUCUUAUUAUGAAGGAAGAGUUGCCAGUUAUGUCCCUCAUACUAGUGAACUACAACCAGGGGACUGCAAUCAAGUCUUUCAUGUUUGCAUUAUUCUCUCUGCUUGGAGUUGCUGCACUUUAUGUCCAAUUUACAUUAAAUGUACAAUUUCAUGUGUUUUUUUUUGUUUUGUUUCAUACAGUUGUAUUUUUAAGAACAUAGUAUUUUAAUUGAUAAUUUUAGAGUAUAUUGUAACUUAUAAUUUAUUUUAUAACAAAAUUUAAUCAAGCACACACCACAUCGAAAUACACCAAGGUCAGUGGUUCUUAACCUUUUUGCGCAUUCACUGAACCCUUCUUAACUGUUUGAUUGCCCGUACUGGCAAAAUCUGAUUGUGAACCGUAUGAGUUGGGGUGUGUGUUGACCUCAGCCGAACCGCUGGUGUUCAAUUGAACCUAGGUUAAGAAUCACUGUUAUAAGUGUAUAUGCUGCUCCUUUAGCUAUUUGUUAUAGUUUAUAUAAACAGAAAUCUAAAAGACUUUACUUGAAAAUAAUUGUAUCUGAAUAUUAAUUAUAAACUAUUGUAAUCUUUCAUUGUAACAUAUUACCAUGCAGUUUUUUUUUUGUCUGUGUAAAUUAUGACUUAGUAGUGUUACAAUCUUUUGUUGUUUAGUCCAGUAUACUCACUAUACUGUAUUUAAAAUGUAAGUCAUUGUAAAUAAAUAAAUAUUUUUUGCUAUCA